GGGCCGGGCAGCGCCGGGCGGGGAGGAGCGUGGGUGGCUGCGGUGUUUUCGCGAGCGCAGUCGCCGAAGCCGCAGUUGGGCCAUGGCAGAACCGCAGCCAGCGUCCAGCGGCCUCACCGAGGAGGCCGCCCUCGGCUGCUGCUCCGAGCCGGACCCCAGCACCAAGGAUUUUCUGUUGCAGCAGACCAUGCUACGAAUUAAGGAUCCUAAGAAGUCACUGGAUUUUUAUACUAGAAUUCUUGGAAUGACGCUACUCCAAAAAUUAGAUUUUCCCACCAUGAAAUUUUCACUCUAUUUCUUGGCUUAUGAGGAAAAAAAUGACAUCCCAAAAGAUAAAGAUGAGAAAGUAGCAUGGGUAUUCUCCAGGAAAGCUACACUUGAACUGACACACAACUGGGGCACUGAAGAUGAUGAGACCCAGAGUUACCACAGUGGCAACUCAGACCCUAGAGGAUUUGGUCACAUUGGAAUUGCAGUUCCUGAUGUACACAGUGCUUGUAAAAGAUUUGAAGAACUGGGAGUCAAAUUUGUGAAGAAACCUGAUGACGGUAAAAUGAAAGGCCUGGCAUUUAUUCAAGAUCCUGAUGGCUACUGGAUUGAAAUUUUAAAUCCUAACAAGAUGACAACUAUAAUUUAGUUCUGUGAGAAUACUGCUUUGCAAUUUCAGUGAAGACCUUGUGGGAAAUAAUAAAAAAGGAAAUGGUGUAAUUCAAGAUAUUCAGAUAACAGAAAUAUCUAGGACUGAAGGAUCAUUGUCCCAGUUCAGAUUAUUCUGAAGUCCAUUUCCCUUUCCUAUUUCAGCUAUGUUUUUUACCUAACUUCAGUCAUUAUCAUUUUAAAGUAGUGCUUUGUCUUGUGUCCUUGAAUGUACUUCUGUAACUUUACUUUUUUUAGGUAGUAAUUAGAACAUUUCCCUUCAGAGGGUGCAUUUGCCUUCUUUCUCCUAAAUAUGAUGUCUUUACAAGUCUACCUUUGAAUAAUCAUUUUAAAAAAAAAGAAAAAAAAAUUAACAAGUUUUUGUUGUGGUUACCUUCUGGGGUUUCAAUUCCUCAGAAAUCACUUCACAAUGGAAAGUAAAGAACACUGAACAAAAAUGAAACUUCAUUUAUACUUCAAAUGGUAUAAAAUGUUUAUUUUACAAAAGAGAAGGUAGUCUUGGGAGCAAGUCAGAAUCAGACUGACAAGGAUGUUGAUAGGAAAACUAAUUUAUUCUUACUGACAAAGUACUUUCAAAGUUCAAGGACUAACCUCUUUAUUUUGGGAUGGGAAUAAUAUUAACUGGGUAUGCAGACACUGGGCUUGGCUGUCACAUACUGUAUCUCAUUUAAUCCUCCCAGCUAUCCUCCAUUCUGUGAGAAAGAAAGCAGGCUAGAUGUAUAAACUGACUUUGUGAACUGAAGGCAAUAUAAAUAGGCUCAAGUACUCGAGAUCUGAUUCUCAUUUUUGGUUAGAUUGUACCUCAAAAAUUAGUACCUAACAGGAACUUUUCUCCACUCGCCUCUGCUGUGAAAACCAUACUUGAGCUUGAACGUUGUCCUCUCAGCCCUAGGGCCUGAGCACCACAGAGAGAGAAGAAGCAGUGGAGGGAGUCUGUAGCACACAAUUGUUCUGAGGACGCCUCCUUUUUCCUGGGCAAGCAGUGCCUGUAUUACUUGUGAAGACCCCUACCCCAAGGUCAUCCUGAUGCCAGUAAUCAUUUAGGAUGAAUGAUGUUCAGUGAUAAUAGUACUUAGUUAUUAGAAAUUAGCUUAAUGGGAUGCUUGGGUGGCUCAGCGGUUGAGCCGCCUGUCUUUGGCUCAGGGCAUGAUCCUGGAGUCCCGGGAUUGAGUCCCAUGUCGGGCUCCCUGCAUGGAGCCUGCUUCUCUCUGCCUAUGUCUCUGCCCCCCCCCCCCCCCGUGUCUCUCAUGAAUAAAUAAAUAAAGUCUUAAAAUUAAAAAAAAAUUAGCUUAGUGGCCUUUCUUGCCAUGAUUGAUAUUUGAUGGGUUUUAAAAAAUCAAGCUGAUUUUGACAAUCUCAUGGUCCAGAGAAUAAGAACAUCCAGUUUGUGGUUUACUGAACAUUUAGAUUUUCUGUUGACUCUAGUGGAAGGCCUUUGGAUAGGCUGUGCCAACUGUGCUUACACCUGCUAAAAGCACUUGACAUUUCCUUUUUGGAUGGAAUGGAUUUUGUGAGCAAUUCAAACAAAUAGCAGUACUUACAGACUGAAAUAAAAUCUUAAAUAAGGCUUUGUUUAA